AUUACAAGCUUCAGGAGAUCUGCAGUGAAAAAAGAGAAGCCUCUUAUUCAGCACCCUAUUGACUCCCAACCUUCCAUUAGUGAGAUCCCACAUGCCCAGGCGCUUGUUGAUGAGCGUUGCAUGAACUUAUCAGAAAAAGAAGUGAUGGAUCUCUUUGAAAAAAUGAUGGAAGACAUGAACCUAAAUGAGGAACGUAAAGCUCCUUUAAGAGAUAAAGACUUGAGCACAAAACGGGAGAUGGUUGUCCAAUACAUUUCUGCAACUGCCAAAUCCAUAGUCGGAAGUAAAGUUCCGGGUGGACUGAAAAACAGCAAGCAUGAAUGCACACUGUCCUCACAAGAAUAUAUCCAUGAACUGCGAUCUGGAAUUUCAGAUGAAAAACUUCUUAAUUGCCUGGAGUCUUUGAGAGUGUCUCUAACCAGCAAUCCAGUCAGCUGGGUUAACAAUUUUGGACAUGAAGGUCUUGGGCUUCUGUUGGAUGCAUUGGAAAAGCUUCUGGACAAGAAACAGCAAGAAAGCAUUGAUAAGAAGAAUCAACAUAAACUUAUCCAGUGCCUCAGAGCAUUUAUGAACAAUAAAUACGGUUUGCAAAGGAUUAUAGGAGAUCAAAGAGGUCUCUUACUGCUAUCAAGAGCAAUUGAUCCAAAGCAGCCACACAUGAUGACUGAAACGGUGAAAAUACUCUCUGCCAUCUGCAUUGUUGGAGAGGAAAGCAUUCUGGACAAGCUUUUAACUGCUAUAACAACUGCUGCUGAAAGAAACAAUAGGGAAGAACGUUUUUCUCAGAUUGUUGAAGGACUGGAGAACCAUGAAUUCAUACAGCUGCAGAUAGCUUGUAUGCAGCUCAUCAAUGCCCUUGUUACAUCUCCAGACGAUCUGGAUUUCAGGAUACACUUGAGAAAUGAGUUUUUACGUUGUGGCCUGAAGAAAAUAUUACCUGCCUUGAAAGAUAAGGAAAAUGAUGAGCUUGACAUUCAGCUGAGAGUGUUUGAUGAGAACAAAGAUGAAGACCACUUUGAACUGUCACACCGUCUCAGUGAUAUCAAAGCUGAAAUGGACGAUGUGAGCGAAGUAUUUCAUCUGCUGUAUAACUUGGUGAAAGAUACUUCUUCUGAAAAUUACUUCUUGUCAAUCCUCCAACACUUCCUUCUCAUCAGGAAUGAUUACUUUAUCAGACCUCAGUAUUACAAGAUCAUAGAAGAAUGUGUGUCACAGAUAGUGUUGCACUGCAGUGGCAUGGACCCAGAUUUUAAAUAUCGAGGACGGUUGGACGUGAAUUUUACACAUCUUGUUGAUGCAUGUGUGGACAAAGCUAAAGUAGAAGAGAGUGAAAAGAAAGCAGCAGAAUUUUCCAGAAAGUUUGAUGAAGAGUUCACAGCUCGACAGGAGGCCCAAGUGGAGCUUCAGAAACGAGAAGAGAAAAUCAAAGAACUUGAAACAGAAAUCAAACAGCUACGAACCCAGGGUCCAGUCCUGACAGGUCAACUGACAGAAGGACCAACAUUACCUCCCACCCUGCCAAGUGAGAAUGCAGCACCACCUCCAGCGCCUCCACUACCUGGUGGAGCAAUCCCACCUCCUCCUCCGCUGCCUGGGGGAGCAGUAAUUCCUCCUCCUCCUCCACUUCCUGGGGGAGUAGUAAUUCCUCCUCCUCCUCCUCUGCCUGGGGGAGCAGCAAUUCCUCCUCCUCCUCCACUGCCUGGGGGAGCAGCAAUUCCUCCUCCUCCUCCACUUCCUGGGGGAGCAGCAAUUCCUCCUCCUCCUCCUCUACCUGGUGGAACAGUAAUUCCUCCACCUCCUCCUUUGCCCGGUGGAGCAAUACCUCCACCUCCUCCUCUGCCUGGUGGAGCAGUACCUCCACCUCCUCCUCUACCUGGUGGAGCAGUACCACCACCUCCUCCUCUGCCUGGUGGAGCAGGACCACCUCCGCCACCUCCGCUCCCUGGUGGAGGAGUCCCUCCUCCUCCUCCACCGCCUUUUGGUGGGCCUCCGAUGCCCCCACCUCUUGGAGGUGUUCCCUUUGCUCCUUUUCCGGUCGCACCAGCGUUACCACAUGGGAUGAAGGAGAAGAAGAAGUAUCAGCUGGAAGUUUCCAUGAAGAGAAUCAACUGGUCAAAGAUUGAACCUCAAGAGAUAGGAGAAAACAGCUUUUGGGUAAAAGCUGAAGAAGACAAAUUCGAAAACCCGGAGCUGUUUGCGAAAUUGGCGCUUACCUUUGGAACCCAAAUGAAAGCCAAAAAGCCAGUAGAAGAAUCGGAAGAAAAGAAAGCAGCUCAGUCAAAGAAAAAGAUCAAAGAAUUAAGAGUUUUGGAUGGAAAAUCCGCACAAAAUUUAUCAAUAUUUUUGGGUUCUUUCCGUUUGCCUUAUGAAGAAAUAAAAAAUAUCAUUUUAGAGGUUGAUGAAGAGAAGCUGAGUGAAUCCUUGAUUCAGAACCUAGUGAAGAAUCUUCCUGAGCAGAAGGAACUCAAUGCCUUAGCUGAAUUAAAGGAUGAAUAUAAUGAUCUUGCUGAGCCAGAACAGUUUGGAGUUGUGAUGAGCUCAGUGAAGAUGCUGCGGCCACGUCUCAACGGGAUCCUGUUCCGGCUCAUGUUUGAGGAGCACGUGAACAACAUCAAACCUGACAUCAUGGCAGUGACAAUGGCUUGUGAGGAGCUGAAGAAGAGUGAAAGCUUCAGUAAGCUGUUGGAGUUGGUGCUGUUCCUCGGAAACUACAUGAACUCUGGCUCCAGAAACGCACAGUCCCUCGGCUUCAACAUCAGUUUUCUUUGCAAGAUUCGAGAUACUAAAUCAUCAGAUCAGAAAACAACCCUGUUGCAUUUUCUGGCAGAAAUCUGUGAGGAGAAUUACAGGGACAUCUUAAAAUUUCCGGAUGAAUUGCAGCAUGUUGAGAGUGCAAGUAAAGUUUCAGCCCAGACUCUGAAGAGCAACCUUGAUUCCAUGAACCAGCAGAUCCAGCGGCUAGAAAAUGAUAUUCAGAAUUUCCCUAAGACGCAAGAUGAACACGAUAAGUUUGUAGAGAAGAUGAGCAGCUUUGCUGAGAGUGCCCGAGAGCAAUAUGAAAAAUUGUCCAACAUGCACAACAACAUGACUAAAUUGUAUGAAAAUUUGGGAGAAUACUUUACCUUUGAUCCCAAAGCAAUAAGCAUAGAAGAAUUCUUUGGCGAUCUGAGCAACUUCAGAACUCUAUUUUUGGAGGCAUUAAAAGAGAACAACAAAAGAAGAGAAUUGGAGGAGAAAACAAAGAGAGCCAAACUGGCAAAGGAGAAGGCUGAGCGAGAGAGGCUGGAGAGACAGAAGAAGAAGCAGCAGUUGAUUGAUAUGAACAAAGAGGGUGAUGAGACAGGAGUGAUGGACAGUCUGCUGGAGGCCUUGCAGUCAGGAGCAGCGUUCAGAGAUCGCAGGAAACGAACGCCAAGACCACAAGAUCAGACGUGAAACAACUCCUCGAUCAAAAUAUGGUUUUUUCCAUAUCUUGAGAAAUAUCAUUGUGAGAGAUGGUUUGUCUGUGCUGGGACAUGAGGAGAGAUUUGUCACCAAGUGGUGAAAGAGAAAAGCUUCCCAGGGACCAGAGGAGAUUGCACAAAAUCUGCUGCAGCUGAGAAAACCAAGAAGAUGAUUGAACCUGAGUCCAAAACCAGUGACUCCUGCAAGGAUAGGGGACAGAGCUAAUUAAAAAUCCCUUUCAUUACCCUUCUGGUUUAUGUAGUUACUUUGACUUCUGUGUUUGAAAUUUCAUUGAUAUUCAGUUGAUAUUCCAGUGGGGUCUGACUUUCAAUUUUAAGGAGCUGAUUGACUUUGGGGAAUUUACUGUGAGAGAAGGAUGAGGUCAUCCAUUUCCCAGCUCUGGCCACCCGUAAGUCUCCUAUAA